UGUCACCAAUUUUAGUCAUCAUCUUUCCCAACCCACUUCCAGUGAAAUAAUCGCCAUAAACAACACAAAUUCAUUCACCAAAUCAUCAAAUUCCCAACAAAAAUGAAAACCCUAAUUUCAAUUUCAAAUCCCAUUUCAUUUCCUCAAUGGACAAAAUACAUCCCCAGUGUCCCCUCACUCCAUCAUCAUUACCAUAAUUUUACUAAUAAUGAAAAACCAAUCUUUUUCAACUUCAGAAUCACAAGACUUUACAAAACGACAUCGUUUUCUUCAUAUUCAGCAGAAUACAAUGGAUGGGUCGACCCGGGUCCAGUCAACAGUCCAACUGAGUCAACUCACCUGAACAAGCUAUUAACUUCACUUGGAAUUGAUGACAAAAAGUAUGCAUUUGUUUAUCUAUUUGGUUUUGUAUGUGCCUUAGCUGUUUCUAGAAUCAGGGUUUCAUCUAUAAUUGUUUUUCCAGCUUGUUUUAUUGUUUUUGCAAUUGGGUUUUCAUUUGGGGUUGUAAAUAAUGGUGGGUUUGUUAAGAAAAAGCGAGUUAAAGACGUAAAGUUUGAAACUUUAUCGGAUUUGUUAAGCGGGUUUGACGUCAAGAUUUUGGAGUUGAGGGAUAGUAUUAGGAGAAAUAUUGAGUGUGGUAAGAUUAGUAAGAAAGAUUUGGUUGGGUAUGCUGAGGGUUUGGAGUUUGUUGAGGAAAGUGUUUUGGAAGUUAAGAGAUUGGUUGAUGGAAUGGUGGUUGACGGAAACGAUGUGUCGAAAGGGAAGGGUAACGGGAAUGGGAAGGGGAAAGGGAAAGGGUUUGAUGUGUUGGGGUUUAUCAAUGGUGUUCGAGAAAGGUCUUUUGGGUCGAGGGGGAGUAAAGUGAAAGAUGGUGUGAAGAAUGAUUUGAGAUAUAAAGAGGUUAGUGAUCGUGAUCAGGGAAUUUAUGUGGAUCCGGUUGUUGAAGAUGAGAUGGAGAAAUCUGUAACGAGUGAUGGUGAUGUUAGGGUUAAAGAAACGUACACUGGAAAAGGAAUUGGUAGAUUUAUGGAGAUGGAGACCGGAGCUAAACAAGUUUUUGAAAGAGAUGAGCGAUUUAUGAGCAAUGGAAAUUUGGAUGAUGAUUUUCUUGAUAUAGAUUUUGGUGCUAGUUAUAAGAAUGGAAGAAGAAGAGAGGAGCUUUUUCAACAAGAACGAGGGAAUUUCAAGAAAAUUGAUGAAAAAAAUAUACUUUACGACAAUAUGGAACCAACGGAAGAAGAAGGUUAUGACAAGUCCCGGAAUAAAAAUGGAUUUGCUUCAUCCCCGUCUUCAGAUAUAUCCAGUGAUAUUAUUUUUAGUGAUUACAUAACGGAAGCAAAUGCAUUAUCAAAACAAGUGAGAGAAUUGUUAAAACACAGUGGGAUUGAAGAAGAUGCAGAAAAUAUGCUGUAUAAAUCAACCGAAUUGCUCUCUAAAGCUGUAGACAUGAAGCCCAUGAGUUUAUUGGCUGUGGGCCAAUUGGGUAACACUUAUCUUCUUCAUGGAGAAUUGAAACUGAAACUUAGCCGUAAAUUGAGAGCUCUACUUGCACAAAGUGACUCAAAUGAAAGACUACAUGAUGAGGUCUCAAAUAGAGAACAAUUUGUUGAUUAUCUUGUUAAUGUUUGUGAAGAAUGUGAAGAACUGCUGGUUAAUGCUGGAAGGAAAUAUCGGUUGGCAUUGUCGAUUGAUGCUGAUGAUAUGAGAGCAUUGUACAAUUGGGGCCUUGCUCUCUCCUUCAGAGCUCAGUUGAUUGCGGAUAUUGGACCUGAAGCCGCUUUUGAUGCUGACAAGGUUUACUUGGCUGCCAUUGACAAAUUUGAUGCCAUGAUGUCCAAAAGCAAUGCUCACACACCAGAUGCUCUUUUUAGAUGGGGUGUGGCAUUACAACAAAGAUCUCGCUUACGGACAAGAAACUUUAGAGAGAAAGUUAAGUUGUUGAGCCAGGCAAAAAGGCUUUAUGAAGAUGCACUUCUCAUGGACUCGAACAAUCUCCAGCCAUCAAAUAAAGUCGAAAGUGUCAACACCUUGUAAUCGGUUUGGGCUAACUGGUCAUGUGGGUGCAUUUCAAUAACUUAGAAGUCCACUAGAGUGGAGGAAGUGCUUGUUAAGUGGAACCUGAGGGGCUAAUGGAACAACUUAUACUGGGUCAAUAUAUUCCUUUAUGUUAUACAUGUUGCUUAACAUUUAUAGGUGAUGUGUAAUUUGUUGUUGAGUUGUAAUAUGUUGUGCUUGAAAGCUGGUAUUAUAUUUGUUGUGGCAUAUAAGAAAACAACCGAACCAGACAAAAUGCACUUAAAGUCGUUCAAAUUGUAUUCACGAUGUAUGAAA